AUGAUAUUGUUUGAAUUUCAGGAACUGCAGUCGAUGACAAAAGAGCUUGUGCAGAUUCGUGAGCAGUUACUUGAAAAGGAUGAAGAAAUCGUUGAACUCAAGGCGGAGCGUAACAACACCCGAUUAUUAUUAGAACACUUGGAGUGUCUAGUAUCUAGACAUGAGCGGUCAUUACGAGUAACCGUGAUGAAACGGCAAGCACAAAGCCCAGCUGGGGUGUCUUCUGAAGUAGAAGUGCUGAAAGCAUUGAAGAGCCUCUUCGAGCAUCACAAAGCUUUGGAUGAAAAGGUUAGGGAGCGGUUGCGUGUGGCUAUGGAGCGAGUGGCGACUCUAGAGGAAGAAGUCACCUCUAAGGGUGAGGAGAAUUCUGGGCUAAAAGCUCGACUCGCGAUGGUAGCCGCUGAAGCUGAAGAGGCGCAGGCGAAAGGACAAAAGACGAAUGGUGCGUUGAGUAGCGAAUCCGCAGCACGUCUCGUUGAAAUGCAGGAGGCAUGUGAGCGAAUGAAAAUAGAACUGACAAAUAGCCUCAAACAAGUGCAAGAACUCAGCGCAAGAAAUGCCGACCUUGAUGCUCAGCUCUCCACUGCUAAUAAGGACACGCAUGCAUGUCAAGAGCAGCUGACAAAGUUAAAGAAUCAGUUGCACGAGACCGAGGCGCAGCGAAAUGAUCAGGAGGCUCGAAUUUCAACGCUCGAAAGUCGUUUCCUGGCAGCUCAAAGAGAGGCGACGUGUAUACGGGAUCUUAACGAUAAACUGGAACACCAGUUGGCAAACAAGGAUGCUGCCGUUCGAUUAAACGAGGAGAAAGUGAGAUCAUUACAAGAGCGACUGGAACUUGCUGAAAAACAACUCGCUCAAAGCCUCAAAAAGGCUGAGUCCCUACCAUCUGUUGAGGCUGAGUUACAACAACGAAUGGAAGCGUUGACGGCGGCUGAGCAGAAGCAGUUAUCCGCUGAAGAACGAGUUCAGCGUUUGGAGCGCCAAGCGCUUGAGUCAUCGGCUGAGUUGGAACGAGCAGUGCAGAGGGAAAAAAUGAAUGAAGAACACAGUCAGCGUUUAAGUAGUACUGUGGAUAAGCUCUUAUCCGAAUCGAAUGACCGUCUUCAAUUACACCUGAAGGAGAGAAUGCAAGCACUGGAUGAUAAGAAUCGUCUCACACAGCAACUCGAGAAUACCAAGAAAAUAUAUGAUCAAGCAGAAAGAACAAAAGAACGUCUGCAGCGUGAUAACGAUGCUCUCCGGCAGGAAAUUGAAGCACUUCGCCAACAGCUUUACAAUGCGCGCACAGCUCAGUUCCACUCAAGAAUGCAUGCCAUACUUCCACCGCCACUGCCACUAGUGAUUCCGAAUGGUGUCACUGCUCCAUCGCCGCAAACCGUUAUUCCGCAACCGUUCGCGGCAACCUCAUACGCCACACCACCCGGCUAUGCAACUGUUGGAGUUCGGAGACCGAACAAAGGUCGAAUCAAUGCACUGCAGGAGGAUCCAUCAAAAGUCCAAACACUAAAUGAACAAGAAUGGGACCGACUGCAGCAGGCGCAUGUACUAGCAAAUGUACAACAGGCGUUCUCCUCGUCGCCGUCUAUGCUGGACAUGGGUGGUACAGGUGCACUUCAACGUGGACCAUCAUCAAAGCCACAUUCACAACAACCAGAUCUUCUCAUGAAUACCAUGUCCCAGCAGGGUUCUCAAGAUGCGCAUGUUUUGGCAUCUAUGCUCCAGGAACGUCUAGAUGCUAUAAAUUCAGAAAUUCGAAUGAUACAACAAGAGAAACAUCAUGCUGAACGAGCUGCUGAACAUCUAGAAUCUAGGGCAAGAAGCGAAUACAUGGAUGAUCAUCAUAGUGCUCGUAGCACCCCUCGCAACAGUCCUCAACAUGAUCUCUUAAUCAACAAGUAUAAUACGUUGCCAACUAAUGCAUCAACUUCUCAGAUGAACAGAGUCAUGGACGUGUACGGCCAUCCUAUCGUCGAUGACGCAAUGGUGGGAGACCUUGACUACACACCAAGGAGGCGCCAGCUGCGCUUAGCUAACAUGCAGCAACAGCUUCAGGGUGGCUCUGAUGAAGCUGAUAGGAUGAGUCCAGCGUCAUCAGUGGCGUCUUCCACUGACGGAUUCACGACGAAGAAAAAACGGUCGUCAAGUUCAGGUGGAUUGAAAACCUUGGGCCGAUUAUUCAAUAAGAAGAAGUUCCAGGGUGACACCUACAGGAGAGAUGCGAAUGCCUACUCGGAUAGUGAGCUUUCCUCCGGUGGUGAUGGAUCAGCUCGCAAUGGUGACUUCGAUCGGCGGAAAAAGAAAAAGCAUGAAUUGCUUGAAGAGGCUAUGAAAGCGCGAACUCCGUUUGCUCUGUGGAAUGGACCAACUGUGGUUGCUUGGCUGGAAUUAUGGGUUGGUAUGCCGGCAUGGUAUGUAGCGGCUUGUCGUGCUAACGUUAAGUCUGGCGCUAUAAUGUCUGCAUUAAGUGAUCAAGAGAUUCAACGGGAAAUCGGUAUAAGUAAUCCUUUGCACCGGCUGAAACUUCGAUUAGCCAUCCAAGAAAUGGUGGCUCUAACUUCACCAUCAGCUCCAAGAUGUGCUCGAAUGACAUUAGCAUUCGGUGAUAUGAACCAUGAGUGGAUAGGAAAUGACUGGUUGCCGAGCCUCGGCCUUGGCCAAUACAGGUCGGCCUUCAUGGAAUGUUUGCUGGAUGCACGAAUGCUGGAGCAUUUGUCAAAGCGUGAUUUGAGGACGCAUUUACGUAUGGUUGAUAAUUUCCACAGAGCCAGCCUGCAGUACGGCAUUAUGUGCCUCAAGAAGCUCAACUAUGACCGUAAACUGCUUCAGGAUCGGCGGCGAGCAUGCGAGACGGUCAAUAGAGAUCUUCUCGUCUGGUCCAAUGAACGAGUUCAACGCUGGGUUGAAGAAAUUGGCUUAGGAGCAUAUGCCAGUAAUCUGACGGACAGCGGAGUUCACGGUGCUCUAAUCUCCCAAGACGAUACAUUUGAUUCGCAAGCGUUUGCUCUUUCUCUUCAAAUGAGUCCCCAGGAUCAACAUGGUAGACAAGUCCUGGAAAAGCACUUUGCUGUAUUGGUGUCUGAAUACCGUCAGACGGCUCAACUUCGUCAUUCGGUAAUGGUGCCAUCUUCGACUAACUGA